AACUACAGCAGUUUACAUUUGUAGACAAUUUAUUUCAAAUUUUAAAAACUUUUGCAAUUCAAUUCUUAAAAAAAAUUUAAUUUAAAAAUCUGUAAAACUUAAUUCGUCAGAAAUUUUUUUGUCCAUUAAUAAGUACUAAAAACUGUGCAAAAGUUUAAAAUUUGAAUAAAAUAAAGUUUUAAAAAUGGAACUUUAAGAAUUAUUUUUAGAAAUUUGUCCUACUUAAUUAAAAUUUUGAAAAUUUGUCUUUUGUUAGUUCGAUUCUGAAAUAUUCUAAAUAAAUUUUCUUGAUAAAAUUCUUAUAGAAUUCUUCUUAUUAAGGAAUUAAUAAAAUGAAUAUAAUAUCUAAUUAUUUUAUCAGUUUUUGGAAAAUGAAAACCAAAAAAUUUUAGUAUUUUAUAUUUUUUUCAAUUUGAAGUUCUUUUACAAUAAUAAAAAAAGGGGAGGAAGGUCGCAUUGUUUCCGCGCCGGUAGCGUAUGUAUUUAAUUUUCAAUGUUAAUUUCUAUAGCAACAAGCUGUUGACAUUAUUGAUGAAAGUGUUACGAAAUUUCGGGUUGUAAAUUUGUUAUCUCUAAUUUCGUAAAUUAUAAACAUGUUUGUUUGUGUUUGUUAAAUAAAUUUUUUGAAGAAAAUUAAAAAAUAUGUUCAAAUUAAAUAUAAAUAAUAUGGUAGCUGCCAAUUCAUCUUGUACUAAUAAAUUUACUCCAGACCAAUGGAUAAACAAUAAUGAAUACAGACUUGCAUGCAGUAAGGCACAUCGUAGUUCAGCAGAACGCCUCAUUUUCGAAGUUAAACGUAUCGCCGAAUUAACAGCAGAAAAGGAUAGAUUGAAUAAAGAAGAAACAGAUUACCAUUUAAAAGAAAAUAUCAAAACAAUAGAAUUUUCGAAAGAUGAACUUUUUGAAAUUCAGAAAAACGUCGCUCUUGAAAUAGAUGCUCUACUUGUUGGGAUAAAAAGAAUUUCAAAUACUUUGAAUAAUGAAUUUGAAAGUGCUUAUCUAAUUUGUGGAAAAUGCCUUUUUGCCAGAGAACAUCGUAUUGGAAUUGAUUUGGUUUAUGAUGACGUACAAAAAGAGUUGCAUAAAGAAAAUGAAUUGAUACAAAGAAUAAAAAUUAUUUUAUUUCAAGUACUUGAACAAUCUCAAGAACAAGUUAGAAAAUUAAAAUCUAUUUUAUAUCAUAUGAAUCAUGAUCUUGAAGGUAAAGAAUAUAAUUUAAAUGUUCAUCAAGAAAAUUUAAACUCUAAGGAAAGUUGCUUAGAUCUGAAUUCUCAUCGUGGAAAAUUUAAUCACAACUCGAUAACUACAUUACAGGAAUGGGAAAUUCAAUGGCGGGAAAUUAUUUUAACCGGUACUAAAGAAAUAAAUACAGCUAAUACAUUGCGAAGUUAUGUAGAUAAAAGCUUGAAGCGAGCUAUUGAUGAUUUAAAUAAACAAAAGAAAUUAACAGACGAAGCUUUUAAGAAAAGAAUCGAACAAACUAGUGAAGCAAAGAUAAAAUUAGAGAAUGAACAUUCAGAAAUUAUUCGCCAGACAAAAACAUUGGGUGGCCAAAUCACAAAUUUGGAAAAAUCAAUUGCACAAAAAGAAAAUUCAAUGGCACUUGUUUUUAAACAGUUAAACAAUUGCUGUAAAAAAGAGGAUUCGAUAUCACUAUAUGAUGUAUAUAAUAAAUCAUUAAUUGCGGAAGUCGUGGAUCAGAGGAAAAUAAUUUCAGAACUUCAAAGAAAAUUAUAUGAUGCUCAAACUUGUAUGCGUUCUUUAUUUAAAAUUCAAAUCCAGUUGGAGGAAGAUAUUAAUAUUAAAAGUAAUACAAUAAAAAUUGACGAAGUUGAUUGUAUGACUCUACGGCAAAUUUUGGAGUAGUUUUGUACUACAGUCAGGUCUCACAAAGUGACCAAAUUCUAUCUUUUUCUAAAUCCCCACCUUACUUCUACCCUCUCCAUAGUUGAAAGAUAGUUCCACCAGAGCCGAGUCACAAAAUAAAGAAAGGCCCCCAGGCAACUUAUAUUGUAUUGAAUAUAAUUUCUUAAUAAAUUAUAUUACUUUUAUUGAGAAAAAAAAAUACAAUGGUGAAUAUUUUAUAAUCGAUUUUUUGUUUAAUUUUUUUAAAUAGAAAUUCUUCGAUAUUAAAAUUAGGCUAAUUAUUUAUAGAAUCCACUUUCUUAACCCUAGAAGGAGUAACUGGGGUGUCUAGACACCCCAAGCCACAUUCAAAGUAUUUUCUUGACUUAACCAUUCAUUUUUUCGCGACGGGACCAUAACGAUAAUUCAAUUUGUACAUCUGACCGAAAUUUUUGCUCCAGGAAAAGCUCUGUAUCGAAUUGAAAUACGUGUGGGGUAUAUUUACACCCCAGUUAUCCCCUAACGUUACAAAAUAGACU